AUUAUGACUAGGUUCCCCACUUGUAGAUAAUAACUUGUUAUUGUUUCCCUGUAGUUUUUCUUGUCUUGAAAAAUGUGUUUUUGUUAAAAUAGAUAGAUCUCUAGAUCUAGAUGUCUAGAUUUCUCAAAACAAUAUCACUAUGACUACGUAGAUCAAUUCAUUCAACUAGUUUUUAACUCUUAAUGUCUGAAUCAAAGCCAAAAAUGUUCACGAAACCAAAAAGUUGGCUAUCUGGAACUUUGUGGAGACCAAAAAACCCCCAUUCUUUGGAACAUUUAAAAUUUUUAUACAACCUUCUAGGGAAAAAUCAAACUGUAACUGAGCAAAACCGAGGCCUGUUGGUGGAAACUCUACGUUCUAUAUCAGAAAUUCUCAUCUGGGGAGACCAGAAUGAUAGUAGUGUUUUUGACUUCUUCCUGGAGAAAAAUAUGUUGUCAUUUUUUUUGCGAUAUCUGCAACAAAAGUUUGGACGUUAUAUUUGUGUUCAACUCCUUCAGACGCUAAACAUUUUAUUUGAAAAUAUAAGCAAUGAAACCUCUCUGUAUUACUUACUGUCCAACAAUCACAUCAACUCAAUUAUUGUGCACAAAUUUGAUUUCUCUGAUGAAGAGGUGAUGGCUUAUUACAUUUCCUUUUUAAAGACGCUGUCGUUAAAACUAAACAAGCAUACAAUUCACUUUUUUUACAAUGAGACUGCUCACACACCACACACAAAUGACUUUGCCUUGUAUACAGAGGCCAUCAAAUUUUUCAACCAUUCAGAGUCUAUGGUGCGGAUAGCAGUAAGAACCAUCACUCUCAAUGUCUUUAAAGUUGAUGACAAGGCUAUGUUAAGCUACAUACGAGAUAGGACUGCCGCCCCGUAUUUCUCUAACCUUGUCUGGUUCAUUGGCAAUCAUAUACUUGACCUGGACACUUGUGUUCGUCAUGACCAUGAUCACAGGAGCCGAGAUCGUCUGGCAGACCUUGUGGCUGAGCACCUGGAUCAUCUACACUACCUCAAUGACAUUUUCCUCAUUGAUAUUGACACCCUGAAUGAAGUGUUGACAGACAAAUUGCUCAACAGAUUGCUUGUACCUUUGUAUGUCUAUUCACUUACAAAGAGAAAAAAGUUUUCAGAGGAAGCGGAUGAUAGAAAGCAUGUGAGCUGUGUUGUUUCUCUUUUCCUGCUCUCACAGGUAUUUUUGAUAAUUCAUUUUGGACCAUUGAUGCAGCAGCUGGCUGAGGUCAUCUUCCAGGGAGACAUUGCCCUCUCCCAGCCAGCAGGAUCUGGUCAUAGGGAUUCCCCAAAAAUGGGAAUCCGAGAAUUCAGGCCCCCAAGAGAAUCUUUAGAGAAAACUUUAGAAAACACAAAGCCAAGACGAAGCUAUGACCAGCAGGAGGCCACCAAGUCUGUGAAAGGUGCAGUCAAGCCUGGGGAGCCGGCAGCUCCUGCAGCUGGGGCGGCUGCAGCAGAGGUGUUGAGUUCACCAUCUACAGAGGGCGCUUUGAGUCCCAGCAGUGAAGUUUGUUCAGGUGACACAGAGCUCUCCAGUCCCACCCAGAACUCUACUGACGAGGAGAAGCUGAUGGGCAGAACACAUCAAAGGCUGGCACCCCCUAGACCACCUCCUAUGUCUGAAAACAUCCAGACUGCUUUUUCUCUUGAUAACAGACCUUACCUAGAAGCCAUCUUUAAUGCCCUGGAAUGUAGUGAGAAUGAUUAUUCUGCCCUAUUUGCACUAUGUCUGCUAUAUGCAAUGGGCAAGAGCAAAGGAAUUUCUCAAAGUUUAUUGGACAGUGUCCUGAUGCCAACAGAAAGAUCUGAUUGCAAGAAAAACUACAACUUGUUUCUAGUAGAGCGAUUGAUCAGGAUAAUAGAACUGGCAUGCCAAACAGGGAGCAAAGUUCGCCUGGCCACACUGGAGAUCAGCAUCAAGCUACUGCUGCAGCUUGUGAACAAGGAAGACAAAUCUUACCUGCAAGACAGGCACUUAGCUUGUAUUGAGAACGCUAGAGAGUGCUGCACACAGUCCCUGAGGAAUUUUUAUAAGAGUGAGGAAAUCUUCCUGGACAUGUUUGAAGAUGAAUACAGAGAAAUGAAGACUCGGCCAUUAAAUGUGGAGUACCUGAUGCAAGAUGCUUCAAUACUUCUGCCCCCAACUGGAACUCCGCUCACUGGGAUAGACUUUAACAAGAGACUGCCGUGUGGAGAGGUAGAACGUGCUAGAAGGGCCAUCAGGGUGUUCUUCAUGGUACGGGACCUGUCUCUGACACUGAUGCAUGAAGUGGAGUCUCAGCUGCCACUCACCAAGGAGGAACAUUGUAUACAAACUGAGAAUGUCUUAGAUUUAAAUAACAGUGAUCUGAUAGCUUGUACAGUGGUCUACAGGGAAAGUCGCAAACAAGAGAGAAGAUUCCUGGUGAUUGACCCAGUGCAGCUGAUCCUUGUUGAGCCAGACUUGAAACGUCUAGGCUGGGGUGUGGUCAAGUUUGUUGGAUAUCUACAGGAUGUGGAGGUGUCUGGUGACAAGGAUGACAGCCGUCUGCUUCAUGUCGUCGUCCACAAACCCCAGUCCUCAAUCCAUGCCAAGCCCAUUCCAAUCUUGUCAGCCAAGUUUGUGUUUGACGACCACAUACGCUGUAUGGCCGCCAAGCAAAGGCUAAUCAAAGGUAGACAGAGAGCUAGACAGCAGAAGAUGAGCACAAUUGAGCGCUUACUGGAUAUAUCCCAGAGCGAGGAGAGGGGACAUUUUGCUAGAGCUGGACCUAUACCAGGAAGAAGUCACCCCGUGAGGGUGGAUCCCAAGAAAAGUCUCAGUCUGGUGACCAGCACCACCACGCCAGCCUCAUCAGGUUCCCUCUCGUCAUCCAGCUCCUCCGUCAGCAGCUCCAAGUCUGGCAGGAGGGUCACCCCAGAGCAAAGGCGCUUGCUGCAGGCUAAAGCUGCCCAGCGCAGCAAGAGCAGACAGGAGCCCAGUUCUCCCGGGGUGGGGGCAAAGGCAGCCAGCAUGAGGGACAGCAUCCUGGGCAGGGAGGAGCUGGGCGUGGAUGUGAAUGAUGCUGGGUCCAUUGAGGUGGGAGAGGAUGCCACAUCCGCCAUGGCCUUUCAGUCACUGAACCACAUAUCUAGUCCUGAGUCGGUCGCCUCACCCAGCUACAGGUACCAGCUGAGGACUGUGAACAGGUCAGGGGAUGCAAGCAAUGGAAGUCUGGAGAUUCCCAUGGAAGAUCUUUCACUAAAAGGUCGACAGAGACACAGUUCAGAUGAAAAUAUCAAAGCUAACACAGUGGCUCCGAAAAGUAUUUUCAGAUUCCAGCGCAGUUUAUCCCACAGCCCCAGCAGAAGUAGCUCCUCGCAGCAAGACGCCAGCACCUCCCUGAUCCUUGCAAACAAAGCAGAAGUGGCCAGAAGGCUCUCCGCUCCCGUCACGUUAGACUCGACCAAAAAGAACCCAGUGACCAAAGUCUGCACUGCCUCACCACUCAGCCGGCCCACCAGUCACAGCAGCUCCCAGUCCAGUAAUCUCCCUGUACGCAGACGUUGCCUGUCAUCACCAGCCACACUAAAAACAGAGCCAACCCAGCCUUUGUCGUUGGUCUGCCAUCAAGUUGACCCCAACUCCUUUCUUGUCAUCCCUAAACUACUUCCACCUGCGGACCCAGUAACAACCGGUACCGGAAACAGCCAGUCUAAGGAAGCUUCUGGCGCAAGACCAAAACAAUUCUCUUCAACUCGUACUGAGUUAAAAGCGCCAUCUAGUGGCGGCAGUGGCCUCACUGCUCAUAAGUUAAAUUUACACGGCCUCCAGCAAGCUGAGGAGGAGAGGAGGCUGGGAGGAGGCAGGGAGGCUGCCAACAGCGCCAUUAGCCCAGAGACCCCAUCCAGUGACUCGGCUGUAUCCAGCGACGCCAGCAUGAUAAGCGUCAGCAGUCUGGCAAGUGAGAGCAGCAUGGAUGUGGACUCUGACAACAACAUGCCAAUAAUGACUGCCGCUGCGGUUGGGGGGAAACCUGCCUCGGCCUCGCAACAGCUCACACAAUUAGCUCAAAUGGUCCAAGAACAUUACCCAUACAAGGACCCCAAACAUCACACCGGAUGAUAUUUUUUUUUCCUCUGCUUGUUUUAACCUCCUGAAUCUUCCUAACUUUUCUUCCUUUUUUUUUCUUCUUCUCAUCUUAUUUUAUAAAGGCUCGUUAUGCUAAUUGGGGAUGUCAUAUUGGUUUUUAAACAUGUAACAUUUUUAUUACAAUGCAAAAGUCUACUUUGGACAUCAGAAAAAAAAUUUUAAUUUAAUUAUUGCAACUGAAAAAAGUGGUUUGGAUGUAGCAGUUUUGUAAAGGUAUGGUUUUGUUUUCAAACUGCCUGCUCCAAAAAUGUUUUUGUUCAUAAAAGUAUUGUAUUGAUCAAACAAAUUCACACAAUAUGAUUGUGGCAGCACUGUCUAGCAUAGUUUUUAUGUGUAACAUCUCAUUCAAUAGAUUUUUACUCAUAUUAGAUACAAUGUUGUUGUUAGAAUUUUUAACUUUGUUACUCCAAUAAAAACAAAGUGUGAAUGGGUCUCUGUGUACAGAGCUAAAAGAACUAAUUUAUUAAUGAUAUUAUUUUGUUUUAUCUUUCUGUAUUGGUUCCUUACUUUGUGAUAACAAUGCAUAUACAAAAAUAGUCAUAAAUAACACACACACACACACACACACACACACCCUGUAGUCAGUCACCCAAUAAUGCUUAAAAAAUAUUUUUCACUGGGGUUUUAGGUAUUGGAAAUUUAUCAGUCCUAAAUAUUUUAUUUUAGAUUGAUUAUUGAUUUAGUACCAUUUUGCUUAUUAGUAUUUUCUUUUGGAAAGUUGUAAAAGUCAUUAGACUAGUUUCCUUUUUCAAAGCCAGCUUGCCAAACCCCUACCCUCAUCCUUGUUUUGGGAAUAAAUAAAAACUUUAAAUUGAUAGCUGAACUGAAAAUUCAAGAUAG